GAAGCAAAGCGGUCGUUAGUCGUUUUGUGUAAUCGCGUAGCCGUGAGCAUUUCUAAACGUUUAAAUCGCUUUUGAUACGGUACACAAAAUCAGUGUUAUUAGUAGGAAAAGCAAGAAAAAAAAACAACACACAUAGUAAAGAAAUCAAGGAAAAUAAAACAGAAAUUAAAUCCUUUAAUUGUUGUCAUAUUGGAAAAUUUAUUUAAGAAAGGAAGAAUUAUAAGACGCGAAGUGUUCAAUUCGAAUUCGAAUAUUCUAAAAAGAAAAUUUUUAAAUACCAAAUAACAGAUCGAAAUUUCUUAAAACAUCAUAAUAUUGCAGUAUUAAGUAAAUUCUAAAAAAAAAAAUUCUAAAAAAUUUUUCUUGUAUACUUAAAAAUUAAUUUAUUUAAUUAAAAGUAGUAACUGAAAAAUUAAACGAAAAAUUCCAAUAUUCUAAGAUGCAGUCAAUAAUCGUAGCCAGUGCUUUGCUCUUAAUUUUAGCCGUACAACAAGGUGCCGCCAUCAAAUGUUACGUGUGUAAUAGUCAUAAGGAUCUCAAUUGUGCACUGGAUACACCGCCGGAUAAUCUGAUAAUGGACUGCCAAGAGGAUUAUUCAACACGCGGUAAAGGCAUACCUACAUAUUGCCGCAAAAUAACACAAAUUAUCGAGUUCUCUGUAAAUAAUUUACCACCAGAUAGUCGUGUAAUUCGUACGUGUGGCUUCCAAAAUCAGACUUCAAUAAACUAUUGUUAUCAGCGUGCCGGUUUCGGUGGCCGACAAGUCGUCUGCUCCUGUGACAAGGACAAUUGCAAUGGCGCCAGUGCGCUAAGCGUAGCAAUGGCAACUUCCAUAUUCUGUGGUGCUGCUCUGUUGCUGAAACAUUUUCUUGUCUAAUUUGGUUCCAACACUUCUCAAUCUACACUGACAACCAAACAGACAUUUAAACAAUAAAUUCACAAAUUGUUGAAAUAUUUUUUG